AUGACAUCAUCAUCUCUAGCAGUUCCCAGUGUGACAGGUCCUUUUUCGGUUGAAAAUUUGCCCUAUCAUGUUGAUAUACUUUUGAGUGAAAAAAUUUACAAUCCUGGUGAUAUGAUUCAUGGUGAAGUGAUCUUUAGACUUAGCAAUAAUCUAUCUUAUCAUCUAAUCAAUGUGCAGCUUUUCGGUAUCAUUCGAGUUUUUUGGAUUGAUAAAAAGGCAGUUUUGAAAUUGAAUAUGCAGAUAGGGAAUGGCUGUUUCUGUCUCAUGGCACGAGAACAAAAAAGGGUUUUGUUAGACGAAACAAUAGUGUUAUGGUCCGAAGAAAAAACAAAUCACAAAAAACCUAUUCCAUCAUAUGUGAAGCUCAGCGUAUGCAGAACUGGACUACCUUUUAUUCAUAAGGAUCAUUUGCCAGGGCCUAGCGGGUUAGGACGGUGA